GAACAAAAAAUUUCGCGCGAAAAAAAAACGAUAGAUCAGUCCUUGAUCUAGAGAUCUAUCUAGAUUCUAGAUUCAUAACAUCUCAGAUUCUCAGAUAUUUAGCAUUGUCUGAAGAACUGAUUCUAGCCAGGAGUAGAUCUGGCAUUGAACUAACUAUGCCGAAACAAUAUUAAUUUAACCUAGGCUAUUUAUUUGAACUUAGUUACUAGAUCUAGAUCUAGAUCUAGUCUGAUUUAGUCUCAGUGAGUGAGAUCUUUAGAAUAGAAUCUAAUCUAGACUCUAGAUCUAGACUCUAGAGUCUAGUUAUUUUUUAACGUGAUAUAGAUUUAAUAUAAAAAAUAUAAAAUAUAAUGUAUUUAUUAUAGAAAGAAAAUAACUAAAAUAAGAAAUUAGAAAAUGGUUCGAGUUGCUGUGCAAAUACAAAGUGAUGAUGGAAGUUGCAAGGAAUGGGCAAUCGUAGAACUUCAAGGAGAUCUUGAGACAAGACACCCUGUACCGUUGAGUGGAAAAUUUAUUGGAGAUUUACACUUUACACUUAAGGAUUCGCCAGUGCUAAUAAUUGGUCACCACAUUCUCCAUGGUAAAGUGUUGAAUCUUGAGAAGCCUCUGGCAGUGUUAGUGAAGACGACAGAAAGCAGUGGGGACGCUGCCAUGGAAACAGACGAUGCAGCUGAAUCGAGGAAAACUUGUUAUGAUGUCAAGGCAAUCAUUAAAAAAAAGAUUCUUUUCAAAACAAGACCCAAACCUAUAAUUGCUCAUGUGCCAAAAAAACUGUAGUUUUUUUAAUUUAUACUUUGGAAGGGGGGCAUUUUCAUAAUGUAUGAAUGAUUUGAAUGUGCCCUGUAAGUGUUUUGGAUACCUCUUGUCAAAUUUGUUAAUUUAAUUUUAUCGAUGCAAUCUCAAUAUCAUUAGUGAUUCUCAAUUAAAAAAAUAAAAAUGUGUGGAAACUUA